CUUCCCGCCAUCAUGGCCCUCCCGUCGUUCCUCAAGCCCAUCGACGAGAAGGACGGGUACCAUCGCGUCUUCUUCAAGCAUGAAGAACCCCUGGAAGACGUGUAUGGGCUAUGGUGGCCGGCUGACUCUGCGCAACCUCCGGAAGGCGUACUGCUCUUUGUCCCAGGUAACCCUGGUGUCGUUGACUUCUACAUAAAAUUCUUGGCCGAGCUUCGGGAGAAGAAUCCACGAUGGGCUGUUCUCGCUCACGCGCACAUCGGUCACAGCCCAGGCUUCACUUCGCCGACGUCGGCCUCUCGUUCUGGCUUGUCGUUCCAGAUACAAAGUGCUACGGACGCUGUCGACAUCCUCAAACCCCACUUUGCACGGAUAGUCAUGAUUGGACACAGUGCCGGUAGUUACAUCUCGUUUCAGGUCUUGAAGCAACGUCCAACAUCAGUUGACGGCCUCUUCUUGCUCUUUCCCGCCCUUUGUAAUAUCGCAAGUACUCCCAGUGGUCGCGCUAGAUCUUGGCUUUUCAAACCUCCCCUUCCUCGCAUAGUGUCCUCUCUCGCCCACCUCGCUCGAUGGCUUCCAACCGGUGUCCUUCGCCUUAUACAGAGGGGAUACCCUCCCGACGCACUGGCUGUCCUCCAGGGGAUCAUGAGCUCCCCUGAUGUGGUCUAUGCGAUGCUUAACAUGGCAGGCGAGGAGAUGGAUGAAAUCCGCGAACUUGACGUGGCCCUGCUUGAGGAGCAUCGGCACCGUAUAUGGAUGUUCUUUGCAGAGAAAGACGACUGGGUUGGCCACAACCGUGAACUCAUCCUACAAUCUUUCGACCCAGACCCGGGUUCUGUGCGAGUGGUCCACGGUGUGCAUGGCAUCCCCCAUGAAUUCUGUAUCCAUCAUAGCAGUGAGCUGGCUGCUACAUGCCACGACUGGCUAGCUACUCUGCAAGAGCACGUUGCACAGUCUUCAUGAGCUCUUUCCUGUAGUACAGUAGAUGGUAGCCAUUUAUGUAGCAAAGCGCGCAAGCGCUAUGUUCACCACGUGCUCUGAGCGAGGAUUGGUCGAAAUUCCCGAG